AUGCUGGCACACGGGGAGCAUUUUCCUCCUGUGAAUAUAAUGCGAAUUUCAUCAAAAUUUCCCUUCUUCUUUUGUCCUUCAACGAGUCGUUUUCAGUAAAAAAUUUCCCCCUUUUUCUCAGCUUCUUCUGAACUUUUUCACAAUUCGCGUCCCGAUUUCGAUCGAGGAAAAUGCGGUUAAGGAAAGCUUCCGAGCUUUGAUGGGAGGUAGGGCUUUGGAUUUUACUUGAAUUUUGAAAUACGGGAGAACACAGGCUUUUGGUGCGGAGAUGUCGAAUGGAAGGAAACCUCACUUCCUCCAUGGCUUUAAUCCUUCGAUCAGCUCUGAGAAAUUGAAAAUUCCAUCUAAAUUUGCCAAACAUAUGGAUGGAGUGACAUCUGGGAUGGCAUCUUUGGUAGGUCCCAGUGGAAACACAUGGUAUGUGGGUGUAAGUCAGCUUGAUGGUGGCUUAUUCUUUCAUGAUGGAUGGACAGUAUUUGUUAAGGAUCACUGUUUGGAGUAUGGGGAUUCCUUGGUUUUUAGAUAUGAUGGUGAUUUGGAUUUCCAUGUCCAAGUUUUUGAUGAGGGUUCAUGUGAGAAAGAAGCUGCAUUUUGUGCUGAUUGCAGUCAAGAUGUAACCAACUUUGAAAAUCAUGCAAUAAAGAAAAGAGAUAGGAAGAGCUUAGGUUUAUUAGACUGCAUUGCCGAAGGUGUCCCAAAGAGAAUGAGAAGCACUGAAAUCCAUUCUGAAUGUCCAACUAGUGGCCAGGAGAAUCCGGUCACAUCUAGCAAGGAGGAUUACGUGUGUGGAGGAGAACUGGUUUGCUUGAGAGAAAUGGAGAUAGAUGGAAAUCCAUUGAAAGACUUUGUAACUAUUGCCGUACCAUCUCAAGGAAAGUGUGUGUAUGAGAACUCAGAUGCAACCAUUAGUAGUUGGACAAAUGAUGAAGAUGUAUGGUUGUCUACACAAGAAGCAGAGAGAGCAGCAAGAUCCUUCACAUCAAGUUUCCCUAACUUUACAAAAGUCAUGAAAAGGUUUAAUGUCAGUGGUUCAUUCACCUUGAAUGUCCCUUAUCAAUUUGCAACGGAACAUCUACCCAAAUGCAAAGUGAAGAUUAUGCUUCGUAAUUUAAAAGGACAGAGUUGGGUAGUUAAUUCCAUCCCAACAACACGAGUACAAACAUCACAUACUUUUUGUGGAGGGUGGUUGGCAUUUGUUCGUGACAAUAACCUUGAUUUAGGAGAUAUUUGCAUCUUUGAACUUGUUCACAAGGGUGAAUUGCGUGUCCGGAUUCUCAGGGUGGAGAAGGAAGGGGUGAACGACCAUAGUAGUGUCACUGCUCAUAAGCCUGUAGCAAAUGUAAAAGGAAAACACAGAAGUACAUUGAAGAGCUCAUUCUUACAUACUCAAUUGAAUGCUACCGGUGGACAAUCAGUUACUCGAAAAUGCACCAGUUCUCAAGACAAACUAGGUUCUUCCACUAAGGGCUGUAUGUCAUUAAAGUCAGCACCUGAAGAAAAAAUAGCUGCUCAAGCUUUCAUUUCUAGCUUUCCGCAUUUUGUGAGAGUCAUGAAGAAGUUCAAUAUUAGUGGCUCAUACACCUUGAAAGUCCCAUAUCAGUUCUCUAUGGAGCAUCUACCAAACUGCAGAACACAAAUUAUCCUCCGUAAUUUAAAAGGACAAAGCUGGACAGUAAAUUCUGUCCCGACAACUAGGGUGCAAACACUGCAUACAUUCUGUGGAGGAUGGAUGGCCUUUGUUCGAGAUAAUGACAUCCAAAUGGGAGAUAUCUGCAUUUUUGAGUUGGUUGGGAAGUGUGAAAUGCGUGUACAUAUUUGUGCAAUUGGGAAAAAAGGUUUGGAUUACCAAAAUGGGAGCAUUUGACAUGGUUGCUUUGUCCUCUACAAACAAGAGACCUCAAGAUAAUUUAGCUGGUCUUCAUUUUGCAAAAGGUUAACAACUUAUGGAUGUCCUGGUGAUGGAUAUGCAGGAUUGCAUGGUCUCCAACUCGACAUUUUGUAAAGGUGAAAACUGGGGCCACAUGUGCUGGACGUUAUGCGGGAAAAUGCGCAUGGAAGAUGACUACGACAUCUGAAUUUUGUUGUUUUUGCUGACCUAUGUGGUUGAAACUUUACAUACGGUUAAUGUGUAAAACUAUGUAUGUCUGGGUCACUUUUGUAAGUAUACAUUAUGUGUACUGUGUAGUGUAAUUAUUGCCGGAGAUUGUGAGUCCAGCUCUGUACAGAAGAAAAAAUUCGCAAUUAUUUCAAGGACAAAACAUGACAUGAAAAGUCC